UAUUGUUUUUGUUUAGUUAGAAGUUGUUUUUAAGAAGCUUAAUGCCUUAGUAACUAUAUAUUUAAAUAUUUAUUCAAUAAUUAACUCCGACUACAAUGUCUGCAUAUGUUUUAUGUGGUACUUCCAGUGGAGGACUUCCUAUAUUAUCCAGGAAAAAAGGAAAUUCGGAGCCGCUUCCAUUCUCUAUAACAGGAUCGUUAAACGGAAUCCACAUGUUUGGAAAACCAUUUGGAAUAGAUGUAUUAGAGACAUUAACUGAUGAUUAUGCUGUUAGUUGGAAGGAGUUUGAAGACAGCAUAAUUAUAAUUGGAGCAGCAAGUGGAUGUUCAAUAGAUAUUUUAAACAGACUAUUGGAAGAUGUUUUUAAUACAAUAGUAUUAAUAGUUGGCAUUAAAGAAUUGAAAAUGCAAAGAAAUAUUGAAAGAUUGAAAAGGGAACUUAGAAUUUGCUUUCCAGUAAUAGAUCGGCUUUUGGAUUCAUUAGAUUGUGGAGACGCUAGUAACAAACAUUCCUCUGAUAUUGUGGGAUUUACAGAAACAAUUUUGUGCACAGAGAAUCACUUAAUACAGAUUGUUCUAGAUUCGUUUACUGAAUGUGUUGACUCGAUGUUUAGUUGCAUAUUAGUUGAUGGAAAAAUAGUAGCUGCAACUGAGAGUUGGUGGUCUUUGCAUCCAGAUGAAUUGAGACUUUUAUCUUUAUUUGCAGUAUCAGACAAUGCAACCGAUUCCAAGGAUAUACCUGUGUUUUUGCCUCAUAAGAGUCCUACAGUAGCCUUUCGUUUCGUUGUUUGCACCUUAAUACCGGAAGUACAAAUUUGCUGCCUAUGUGGUCCAAAUCCACCUCUAAAUGAAAUAGAACUUUCAGCGACACAGUGUUUCAGAAAUUCAACUGAUAUUUUAAAUUCUGCUGCCCAGUGUGUUCCUAGGAACUUUCCAUCAUCUUAUAUCAUCGACACAAACAUAUUAGGACAACUUCUAGUAAACACAUCCACUAAGAAAUAUAUGAUAUCAAAGAGUCCGCAGCAAUUAUCAAAGAAAACCGCAACUAGUACUCAACGCUUGGAUAUACUACGAACAUUCUUCUACAGAGCUGUCUUAAAUAAUUUAAUUAAUUGUAAAGAUUCUUACGACAAACUCAAUAAUUCAAAUUCAUCUGAUGAAUCAUUUAGUUCAGAGCCGAAUGAAAAUAUUGGUAUAGAAACCUAUUGGUGUUCAGAAUAUCACAAAUGCCAUGCUCUUAAAAUCGGGAGUAAUGUUUUGUGUGUCUUAUAUAAUUCGACUGUUCCUACACAUGCUCUUAAGGCGAUUACAGAAAAAACUCUAAAACUUUUAAUUUCUGACAAACAAGUUUGUUGGUAAUAUGUUAGUUGCUAAUAAUUUUAUAUGCAAUUUUAUAUUUUUUAUACUGAUUUUUACCAGACUCAGAUAAUGUGUAUAUAUUAUAUUAUAUAUUUUA